AUGCUAGGAACAGAUCAGCGCAUAAAUUCUGAUACAUUGCUGCGACGUGCUCCCAGGUUUUACUGUGGAAGCGGGUUCGUGUUUGCGGCGCUGCCGCCGUGGCUGGAGCCACGGACUGCGUGCAAGCACCGUGCCAGGUCGCCGGUACCACUGCAACGGCAUCCGCGGCUGUUCCAGCGCUGCGGUACCUCAGUAAGUCGCCACGCUUUAAUUACGCUCCGGGCGAAGAAUGAACGACCGUCACCUCCGUGGCAGCUCAUUCUAUCGUUCGCGGCGCUCGUGGUGUUUGGUGCCCCACUUGUGAAGCCACUCGUGGAUACGCUUGCGACGCACGUUGCACCGGGUUCUCAGGUGGCGUUAAGGACGUCUAGUGCACUGAGUGAAGAGGAAAUUGCUGAAAAACUGCGCGUCAUUCCUGUUUUCUGUGUUACGGACCGCGAAGGUCGACCGAUUCUCACAGAAGUUGGGUCGGCGUCGAACACCCCGGCUGGUGCAGCGGCCCAGGCCGAGCUGGACGAACCCGAAACCUUGAGUGGUGCUCUAGGCUUGCUGGAUAUCGACUCGCAACAGCGAGUUCAAAAGCGGAGAGCAGGGCCUGCCACGGCGCACCGCAUCGGCAGCUUUUACCUGAGCUAUGACGAUGCCUCGCGUUUCCUAGAACAGCUCUCGGAACGAAGCGCACAAGACAAGCAGAAUCUCAUUCGGGAUGCUCGUAUUGUCGUUGUUCCCCUCGAUGAGGCGCUUAGCUUCGUGACGCCACGCGAAGGUGGCCGUGGCAAAGUGCCAGACCCGUCCGAUGAGUUUCACCUUGUACCAAGUGAGCAGAGCGUGCGUUUUGCGGAGCGGGUGCUCAAAGCAAACGGGGCCCUAGGGGUGAAUGCGCGCAUACGAGGCGUCCCUCUGUUUACCAUCCGCGGCUUUGCACUGCAGCGAGUCGUCGAGAAGGAUGCUGGGGCGGGUUCAGAAGCGACCCAAGUAUCUGAGACCGCGAACCUGUCAACCGAACCUUUGUUGCUCACACCAGUUUUCUUCACCCUGGAUGAUGUGCAGUUCGCAUGGGAUCGGUUGCGUCAAGUGAGCAAUAAUCAAGGAACCGCGCUGCCGUCGAAACUUCCUCUCGAUCGAGUUUACGUAACGGAUCUGCGUACGGUUAUACAGGGAAUGCGGCAAGGCUCGAGUGCCCUGGAACUCACCGACGGUAGCGCCGACUACCAUUCCGUGGUGUUCUUGCCUUCGCGCUCCGCCAUGCCCGGAACACGCACGGAUGCGAGCGGUUCGCAGCGUACAGACGCUCAGCCCGUUCUAGAAACGAGGGCUACCACUGAGCGCCAUGAUGGAGCCGGGCGCUAG